GUUUUACUACAGUCACCGGCAGUUCAUAUCAUCGAAGUCAAAAUAACUUCAUAAACCCAUCUCCUUCCUCUUGUUUGCUUCAAUCAUCACUCAUUCACACGCAGAGACAGAGAAAUCGUCUCUCAAGGCUUCCUCAGAAUGGCAGGCAGAGAAAUUCUACACAAGAUGAAGGCCGGGUUAUGCGGAUCGACUGCUGACAUGGGAAGAGGCAAAAGCAAGAUGUGGAAGAACAUUACGCACGGUUUCCACUUUGUGAAGGGCAAAUCAAGCCAUCCGAUGGAGGACUAUGUUGUGUCUGAAUUCAAGAAAGUUGAAGGCCAUGAAUUGGGCUUGUUUGCCAUCUUUGAUGGUCACUUGGGACAUGAUGUGGCCAAAUAUUUGCAGACUAAUCUCUUUGACAACAUUCUAAAAGAGAAGGAUUUUUGGACUGACACGGAGAACGCUAUAAGGAAUGCGUACAGAUCAACAGAUGCAGUGAUAUUGCAGCAGUCCCUUAAGCUUGGUAAAGGGGGAUCAACGGCUGUGACUGGAAUUCUAAUGGAUGGUCAAAAGCUAGUGGUUGCUAAUGUUGGAGACUCAAGGGCAGUGAUGUCUAAGAAUGGCGUUGCGCAUCAGCUCUCAGUGGAUCAUGAACCAAGCAAGGAGAGAAAAGAUAUAGAGAAGCGAGGUGGCUUUGUAUCUAAUAUUCCAGGGGAUGUUCCACGUGUCGAUGGACAGUUAGCAGUUGCGAGAGCGUUUGGAGAUAAGAGCUUAAAGAUACAUCUGAGCUCAGAACCGGACAUAACUAAACAGGCUAUUGAUGAUCAGAUUGAGUUCAUCGUUUUCGCCAGUGAUGGUAUUUGGAAGGUAAUGUCGAACCAAGAAGCUGUUGAUGCGAUAAAGAGCAUCAAAGAUCCGCAGGCAGCGGCAAAGCACUUGAUAGAGGAAGCUAUAUCUAAGAAGAGCAAAGACGACAUCUCAUGUAUCAUUGUAAAGUUCCACUAGUCUCUUCCUCUUCUUUUUAAUCAUAAAUGCUUUUGUCUAUAAAUUAGACAUUAAGUUUGCAAAAUAGAGAUAUAUAUAUAUUUUUUCAAGCUGUGUCUGUAAAACCAGUUAUGAGGUUUCCCAUAAGAUGUAAUAUAUUAUUUUUUACAUG